GAGAUUUCUUUCCUUUUAGGUGCACAUACUCGAGGAAUGCGACUUUUCCCUUGAUGAUAAGGACCUCCGUCCUUCGUGGGUCGCGUUGAUAGGACAAAUUCUUUUGUUAUCGCUGAUAAAGUAGCGUUUUAACUAUUCUUUUAAUAAAACCAAUCACAAAACUAAUCCGGACACGAUGAGGACGAUAUACCUUUUGGCCUUCGUUAUCUUUGUUGUGAUAUUUCCUGUAACGGAAAGCGGAGUAUAUAAGUCCAGGCAGAGCUAUCAGAUGGAAGAACAGGAUGGCUAUGGUGGUGCACCGGCAAAGUAUUACAAGACGAAUCAAAAAUUGCCAGCGCCUAGAAAUGAGUCAUCACCACAUCCAAGUCGAAAAUUCAAUGUUUCAGCUUGGGGAAUCAUCGCAAUAAUUAUAGGUGUGAUCGUAUUCAGUACAAUAACUUAUUAUAUGUUCCUACUAUAUCCAUAUAUAUGUAAAAAGGAUGAAUCUUACGACAUCAUAGAAUUAACAGAAGUUAAUUCUGUUAAUGACAAUGUACAUUUGAGAGUAUAUUGUGACUCGAAUAAUGUAUCAAAUGAUGUAUCAAACAAUGCAUAGAUGUAUCGAUAAGGUAAGGCUGAGAAAGAUAAUAUGACUUUCAUACAUUUAUUUUAUAAGUGAAUACAUUUACUUAGGAUAAUAGUAUUUUUAUAUCAGUUUUAAUAGCAAUUAAGUCUCAUAGCAACUAAAUACUUGACUGCCACGAAAUCUUUUAGAGUAGAAAAAUAUUGAGAUUAUUAUAUUGUCUUAUAUAUGCAAUAAUAGAAUAAGUUAUUAUAAAUUUAUAAAUAAGUUUUUAUAAAUUCACAAGCAUUUACAACGACCACUGUGAAAAUAAUUCAUUCUUUUAUUGCAACUUAUACACUACAAAAAGACUGAAUUAUACAAAUUAAAAGUUAUGCAUCAGAUACAUGCCAGAAAUGAUACAAUUAUCUUUUCCAAUACAAUCGCUAGUUUGUAUAAAUAGCAUGUAGCGAUUCUGCUCGUGAUGGAAGACUCUAAAAAACUGUAGAGUACACUUGUUUUAAUUAGAUGACGAUCUUAAUGUUACACAGCGUACUAACACACAUUACGACAACAGACUGAUUUUUGUAAUCUCCAAAUUUGGUCCCAUUGUAGGGAAAAUCAAUUAGUAGUCUUGUGAGCUGAGAACUUUUUUUUGCGCGCUACCAAUAUGUAUAAAACUCACAAUACUCAUAAAAAUGACUUGUAAAAACAGUAUACAUGUAAAUGUAUGAUGUAUAUUUAUUAUAAAUAGGAUUUUUUUACAUAAACUAUGUGUAUCUUAAACAACCUACUUUUUCUAUAAAAAGUAAAUGGGCUAAUAAAUGCAUUAUAACAC